AUGCAAACGCGACUUCCACAGACUGAGGAUAAUGGACCUUGGUCAGAUGAAUCUAAUACUGAGAUCAUGUUUGAUUUCACCUCAGAGGAAUCCCUCUGCACAGACUCAUCAGAGAUUCUCACACUGGAAGUUCUCGAGCCCUCUAAGGACCACCUGGAUGAGGCCUUGGAGCUGAACAGACAGCUCCAUGCCUCUCUACAGAGGAAACAGAAGGAAAUCUCAGCUUUAAAGGAGAAAAACGCUCAGCUGAAGGAAUUAGCCAAGCAGGCUGAGCAGUACGCCACUAUACUGGACGUCCUCAUACCGCAGCCUGUGAAAGGCUGUGUGUCACACCCGGCUUCUAGCACUGAGCCAUCAGAAUGGCAUUUUACAGCACCAGAGGGUUCUUGGCUCCCUUCUGUCCCGAUAAACACAGAGCAACAGGCCUGCUCACAGACACAUGGAGCAAAGAGACAGUUAUGGCCCACUGACCACAAUGGCUACUCAAACAAUUCUGACCAUGAGGUCUAUUCAAGAAGUUCUGGCCAGGAACCCUACUUAAGAAGUUCUGACCAUGAUGUCUACUCAAGAAGUUCUGACCAUGAGAUCUGUUCAAGAGGUUCUGGCCAGGAACCCUACUCAAGAAGUUCUGACCAUGAGGUCUACUCAAGAAGUUCUGACCAUGAGAUCUGUUCAAGAGGUUCUGGCCAGGAACCCUACGUAAGAAGUUCUGACCAUGAUGUCUACUCAAGAAGUUCUGACCAUGAGGUCUACUCAAGAAGUUCUGAUUAUGAGAUCUGUUCAAGAGGUUCUGGCCAGGAACCCUACUCAAGAAGUUCUGACCAUGAGGUCUACUCAAGAAGUUCUGACCAUGAGAUCUGUUCAAGAGGUUCUGGCCAGGAACCCUACUCAAGAAGUUCUGACCAUGAACCCAACUCCAAAAGUUCAGACCCUAAACUCUUCUCCAAAAGCUCUUGCCAUGAAUCCUACUCAAAAAGUUCUGAUGCUGAGGUCUACUUAAGAAAUUCUGACCAUAAGCUCUACUCCCAAAGUUCUGGACAUGCCUCAUAUUCAAGUUCUGACCAUGAACCCUACUCCAAGACUGCUGACCAUAAUCUCUAUUCACAAAGUUAUGACCAUGAGGUCUACUCAAACAGUGUGAAUAGUUCAGCUGUAGAAUAUAGUGUGAAUGGAGAAAACCCUGAUCCAAAAAGGCUCAAACUGGACCAUUACCCUCUUCAGCUGGACUACAAAGACCUCACUUCACAAACUGAGCAGGUCUAUUUAAAGUCAACAGAAGAUUCACCUUCAAAUAAGACUAAUCACUGCACUCUGAACACAGAGAUGAUCCAGGUGUAUGGAUCUUUCCAUGGGCUAAAAGUGGUGAUGGCCAGGUGCUCUGACCUUUCAGAGCAUGGAAAGGAAGAGCUUGUGUGUUUUAAAACCUCCAUCAGAGAGCACAGCACGGUCAGGACCAAUGUGUUCCCACACGGCAAAACCUUCACCUCUCGCACACCUGACGGCAGCUGCAGGUUCCUCUGGGUUCCAAACCAGAACUGAACCAUUUCCUCUUUUCACAGAUCAAAUAUUUAUAUUCAGUGAUUCAGCAGAUGCAUCUGAAUCUGCACCUCCAAUCUGAUCUGGAACAUUCAUUUCAUUAUGUACCUUAUUACAAAUAACUAAUCACUAAGAUUAUUUUAUUUCACUAAUUUAAUGUCAUAUUUUCUCUUGAUCAUUUGCUACACACUUGAAAUAUGGGCGUCCUGAACUAGACACAUGCAUGUGUUACAUCUAACACAUAUUUUGACACAUUAUUUUUAACGCAUAAAGUGUGAAAACAGAUAACACUCAACAAGAUAUUGCACUGCUCCACAUGGAAAAACAUAUAUGUAGAUGUAUUUUUGCAUAUUUGAAAUACCUUUUAAACACAUUGCAGUCCAUGCUGAAAUACAUUCCAAACACUAAAUUGUAUUUCAGAAUAUUUAGCUAUAUUAACCAAAUGUAUGGGGACAUAUUACACAUAGAAAUGUACCAAACAGAAAUGAAUGUAUGUAAAUGUGUUUAUCACAUCUAUUUGAAAAUGCAUGAAAACAGCCAGAGUCCUGUCUGAUGCACUUCAUUGUUUGAUACCUUUAGAAAGGAAUUUGUAUUCCAGCAUCUUCAUUUUAAAUAUUAGCAAACGAACCUUUAACAUGACAACAGCGAGUGUUGUGGGUAUUAAAUGUUGUGGGUGUUAAAUUCGUAGUGGAGGAUGUUACUGUGAGAUCUGGGUUAGUGAACACUUUAUUACUCGCUGUUCAUUUAACAGACAUUUACCUCCGGAGUGCUCCACACCUAGAAUACAGUAGUACAGAAACAUCCCUAACAUUAUUUAUGGAGUAUUAAUCUUUCUGAAGUAACCUUUAACAAAAAAUGCCUGUUGUGCACUGUAGAAAAAAUGUACUGCAUAAGAACACUUUUGUACUAACAAGGUAAAUAUAAAUGUAAACGCACAGUAAAUGUCUUAAGGCUCAAUUGCCUACCUUAAAUGAUGGACCUUUGAGGGAACCAGCCCAGUGACAGUUUAGCAUCUUUUUUCUGAGAUUUUUACAAAUCAAAAUGUCUUAUA